AGACCACCUCCACCUCCUCCAGAGUGUCCAGUCCCUCAACAUCCACCAUCCACCACCCACCAAGGACUGGUCUCAGGUCAGUGUUCCUCCAGCAUCACAUGAGGGGACUGUGAGGAGAGCUGUGUCUCAGCUGGAGGAGACGCUCAGUAACAUGAUGAAGACGCUGGUUGCUGAAGUUGAGAUGAAGAGGGUCCAGAAGUUUGCAGUGGACGUGACUCUUGAUCCUGAAACAGCUCAUCAUCUCCUCAUCCUGUCUGAUGACAGGAAACAAGUGAAACAUGCUCAGGUACAGCAGCCACGUCUCCCCGACAAUCCACAGAGGUUCUCUCCUUGUCCCUGUGUUUUAGGAACACAGAAGUUCUCUUCAGAAAAACUUUAUUAUGAGGUUCAAGUUAAACAAAAGACUGAAUGGAUUUUAGGAGUGGCCAGAGAGUCGGCCAACAGGAAGGGAGUCAUCACACCGAGUCCUCAGAACGGUUACUGGACUUUAUGGUUGUCAAAUGGAAAUGAGUAUAAAGCUCUUGAUGACCCUCCAGUUCGUCUCUCCCUGAAGUCUGGGCCUCAGAAGGUGGGGGUGUUUGUGGACUAUGAGGAGGGUCUGGUCUCCUUCUAUGACGUAGAAGCUGCAGCUCUCAUCUACUCCUUUACAGGCUGCUCCUUCAAGGAGAAACUCCUCCCAUUCUUCGAUCCUGGUCUUAAUUAUGAUGGUAUAAACUCUGCUCCUCUGAUCAUCUCUCUUGUUGGAGUAAACUAAUCACUUUUCUCACGUCCCUCAAGGGAAGCUAUUUAGACUCAACCCUGUGUGGGUUAAUGGAAUUUUAAAUCUGGAUGAAUACAUCGUGCUUAUUAAUAAAAUGUACAUAAUGUAUGCUUU